ACAACCUCUCAUUACUCUCCAGAAUACCAACAAUCCCGCCUUCAUCAUUCUCUUCCAUACAUUCUCUCUCUAAAAAACCUCAAUCAACUUUCUCUCUCUAAAAAGCUUAACUUUCUCUCUCAUCUUCAACAAUGGCGCGAACCAAGCAAACCGCCAGAAAAUCCACCGGAGGAAAGGCCCCAAGAAAGCAACUCGCCACCAAGGCAGCCCGGAAGUCAGCCCCAGCCACCGGCGGAGUGAAGAAGCCCCACCGUUUCAGACCCGGAACCGUUGCGCUUCGUGAGAUCAGGAAGUACCAGAAGAGCACUGAGCUUCUCAUCAGGAAGCUUCCAUUCCAGAGGCUUGUCAGAGAAAUUGCUCAGGAUUUCAAGACUGAUCUUCGUUUCCAGAGCUCUGCUGUUGCCGCUCUUCAGGAGGCUGCCGAGGCGUACUUGGUGGGUCUGUUUGAGGAUACUAACCUCUGCGCUAUUCAUGCUAAGAGGGUUACUAUUAUGCCUAAGGAUAUUCAGCUUGCCCGAAGGAUUCGUGGUGAGAGGGCUUGAUUUCUGUUUGAAUUGGAAUAUCUAGGGUUAGGGUUUUGCGAAAGUAUUAGUAAUAGUAUGAAUUUCCAGUUGAUUUAUCUCGAAUCUAAGCUGGUCAGUAGAAUUUCUAUUAUGUAGUUGGUAUAUGUACUUGUGAAUCUUAAUCAAUGAAAGUGUUACUGUUCUAAUUAA